AUGGAGACGAGUUUUAAGUCGAUGGCGCUGCCGACGGGUAGUAAGGGAGUCGCGAGUCGCAGCGCGGGUGUGCAGCAGGAAAAGGGCAUAGCCUCCAGACGGAGAUGGCGAUGACAGCGGGGAUAUAGAUGUAUACAUUAGCAAAAGGGGGGGAGGGGGGUUCUACUAGUACAACGAGUGUAGAUACAAAAACGGUGUGUGGUAAAAGAGUACACGCUUGAUAUGU